CCACCCUAGCACACCUAGUAGGCAUGAAGAUGAAAUUGAUUUUUGUGUAAAUAAUACUUAGGUACAUAAUAAAGCUAAAAUUAAACGGUAAUAAUAUAUUUUACGUUCGUAAUUAAGCUAAGAUAACUUAAAAUGGGUGAUACUGAUGAUUAUUACGAUGGUGACGGGACAAUGGAUUCCAUACCAACAUCACCUGAAGUUACCUACAAUUGGGUUGAUAUUACUACAGAUUUCUUCAAACACAUACAAGAUCUCCAAUUAGGUGAAUUACUUCAUGAUGGCCACCUCUUUGGAUUAUUUGAGGCCAUGUCAGCUAUUGAGAUGAUGGAUCCUAAAAUGGACGCAGGAAUGCUGUGUAAUAGAGGAAACCCUAAACCUUUAAACUUUCAGCAAGCUGUUGCAUGUGGCAAGCUAAAAAUAGAUGACUUAGAGCCAUCUGAAAUCAUCGGCAUCAUAGAUGCGACAGUGGCAUGUAUUGUUUCCUGGUUAGAGGGGCAUUCCCUCGCGCAGACAGUGUUCACAAACCUGUACCUACAUCAACCACACUCGAUAACAAACAAGACCUUAAAAGCUUACUGUAUUGCUGUCUAUAAACUGCUGGAUUGUAUUAGAGAUUGUAUUAACAAAGCACAAGUGUUUGAAGAAGAAGAUUUUUUACCAAUGGGCUACGGUUACCGGUUGGGCUCAAAUCCUCAGGUUGGGAACACAUACAAUGCCAAUCUAGAAGUGAGUGAACAGAAGUGUAUUGCUAUGCUUCGGGAACAGGAGGAAGAACUGAAUAAGAAAGCGAGGAGUCAAGAGGAUGAGGCCAAUGACUUGUGGAUGGCUUUAGCAGCUAGGAUCCGUUUCACCAGAAUGUUCUAUCAAGCGCUCCUACUAAUAACUAGGAGGGACUCGCAGUCUGGAGCCGACUGUGUCGCACUGUUGAAUGGAUGCUCCGAAAUGAUGAAGGUUAUUAUUAGGACUAUGGGAAAAGGGACACAACCCCUGGAGAAUUCUGACUCACCAAACCCAAUGGGUUUUGAGCCAAUGAUCAACCAACGCCUAUUGCCGCCAACGUUCCCUCGGUACACGCGUAUCAAGCCGCGCGCGGAAGCGUUGCAAUAUUGCGACGAGCUGGUCACCAGACUGCGCCACGCCUGGAAGAUUACGUCUGCUACCAACUUCCACACUGCGCUGGACUUCUUCAGCGAAUUCAGCCGUCAACGCGCAUGCAUACUGUCCCGAUCAGCCUUGCAGCUGCUGUACCUGAGCCCGUCCCCCGCCUCCACCGCGUCAAUGGCCCAGGCCGCCGCCAAUACGCCUGUGGGCCAGCUGAGACCUCAAAAUGUGUUUGUGGACAUCCUCAGAGAAUCUGUGAAGAGCUUUGUCAACUCUCCCAACAUGUCAACAAAGACUGCCGUCGGAACUAAUCCUCCGGCUCGUGAAUUCGUGGAGAACUUCCUAACACGAUGCAUCCGUCCAUUCGCAGUGUUAGUGCAGGUGUGUGGACAUAACCGCGCGCGACAACGCGACAAGCUCGCGUUACUGUUGGACGAUUUCGCCACACUUCAGGAAGAGGCGGAAAGUGUUGAUGCAUUAGUGAGCAGCGCGGCGGGGACGGUGCUCAGGCCUUACUUCACUACCUGGAUACUUUACCACGUGCUACGCGUUAUGAUUGCGUACCUUUUAUCUGGAUUGGAGCUUGAGUUGUAUAGCGUACAUGAAUAUCAUUAUAUAUUUUGGUAUCUAUACGAGUUUCUAUACGGUUGGUUGGUGUCAGCGCUCGGGCGAGCGGAAGGGUUGGCGGGGGAAGUGCGGAAGUGUGAUGCGCGGAAGAGCGGCGCGCGGAAGCAGAAGAAACGCACGCGCCCUUACGCUAGGGAGGGUCUUAUGUGCCAAGUCAUGCAGAAUAUGUGUGGGGGAUAUUAUAAGGCUCUAGUCGCAUUCAAAUUACAAGGCAAGCUUAGACAACCGCAGUCAGAGUUCGACAACGAGGCAGUCCGAUACAAGCACAGAUUCGCGCCGCUCUCUGUUCUGACACCUCCGCAAGUGCAUUAUCACGAGUUCCUAGAGUUGACACAACCUUUACAGUAUGAAAAUCCAGUAAUUUUAUAUUUAGGCGGCUGCAAGCAUUUUCAGCAGGCGCGGUCUUUACUAGAAACUAUAACAAUACCAGAUCAAGAAGUGACAGAUCUCCUGAAAGUAGCCAAAACAAAUUUCGUAGUGUUAAAAUUACUAGCGGGAGGUCAUAAGAAAGAUUCAACUGUGCCACCUGAAUUUGAUUUCUCUGUACAUAGACACUUUCCUAUAAUAAAAUUAGUCUAAAUAACUAUAUUAUACUGAAGUUUUUACAUUUUUUAUGGGUCUUUGGCCCUAUGCAUAAAGUUGUUCAGAAGAACAUUAUUGUAUGGUAGUAGCAUUAUUGUAUUAUUGUAUGGUAGUAGUAUCUGAUUUAAAAACCCGAUCGGAUCGAGUCGGACUCGCACAAGAAGGGUUCCGUACCAUUGUGAAAGAAAUAACACUUUAAUUUUUUUUGUAAUGUAACCACAAAUUCCUAUUUUCCUCUGGACGGAACUCUAAAAAGAGGAUUUUCGAAAGAGACUUUUAAUCAACAUCAUUAAUAAUAAUAAGAACUCCUGAACGUAUUCGAUAUAGAUAAAUUACUAUAGAUCGAUAUGUAAACUGAAUGACGUCUGUUUGAUUUUUGUUAAAAAUAUUUAAAUAUUUUGUAAUUGGAAAGUCUCACUGCUAUUGUGAAUAUUUGUAAAAAGGAAAUUACAGAAAACGAAAAUAUUAUGUAUAAUAUUGUGAAAAUAUAA